AGCAAUCGAUGGAAUCUCGGCCGAAGAGACGUUGAACAAUAAUGCGAUUUUGGGUUUCGACGACUUCGGUGGCUGCCGCUAUGGAGCCUCUGGCAGUUGAGGCUAGGGUUUGAGGUGGAGGAAGAAGAAGAGUAGGAGGCGAUUUUAUCGCCCUCCAGUAUCCCAAUGGCUCGGCAGGACAAUCCUUUUGCGCUUCUAGGCGAAGACGACGAUGGUGGUGAUGUCAUGGUCCUCCUUGCGAAGGUCGAGUCUAAGAGCUCGGUUGCGGGAGAAAAACCCCAGCCCAAGGCCACGCCCAAGCUCCGAGAUGAUGGUUUUCCUCCCAAGCCUCUUCCUACAGCGGAGUUCGCGCGGGCUAAGCGGGGUAGAGGAAGAGGCGAUCGUGGCCGCGGACUUGGCAGAGGUGGGCUUCGAUCUGGCAGCGGGGAAGGUGCUGAUCUCGAUACUAACGAGAAGGUAGAUUAUGGGUACUCAAGGGGCUUUGGAAGUGAUUCUGGAGGGCGUGGCCGUGGGCGGAGUGGAGGCAGAGGAGCAAGGGGGCGUUGGAUAGAAAGGGGCUUCUACGAGCAUCAGGGAUUUGAUGGUGUGAAUCAAUAUGGCGUCGAGUUGGAAAACCAAGGAAAGAGUGUAGAUUGGGUGGAUGUGGAGGCUGAGGUGCAGGGAAAAACCAAUGAACAUGUGGAGAACCAUGGACCUAUAGUUGAGAGCAAGUUUGGUGAUCAGCACAGGAAUUCAGGUUGGGAGGGAAAAGACUAUGACCAUGAUAACCAACAUUUCAGAGGUGGUGAGGGCCGAGGAAGGAGAGGAUUUGGUGGAGGCAGACAAGGAAGCAGAGGUGGCAUUGGUCAGAGGUAUAUUGAGAAGGAGCCUGUUCUUGAAAGGAAAAGCGACCAAUGGAAUGAGCCUAAGAAUAAAGAGGAUGUUCCUACUGGAAUGGAACAAGUCAAUAGCAUUACCCUUCCUGCUGAUGGUGCAUCUGGAUGGGAUAUGCUUGCAACUGCCAAUGUGUCAAAUGGUGAAGAAGCAGUGAUUACAGAUCAAAACCAAUUGGUUGACAGAGAGGUUUCUGAUGAGAAGGAUCCCAAGGAAGAGGACAAUGAAAUGACCCUUGAUGAAUAUGAGAAGGUCCUUCAAGAGAAACGAAAGGCAUUACAGCCUCUGAAAAUCGAGGAGAGGAAGGUGGUUGUUGACCAGGAUUUUGAAAGCAUGCAGCUUGUUGAGAAAAAGCAAGAAGAAAAUUUUGUUAAACUGAAAAUUGAGAGAGAAAAGCUGAAGAAGGAUAGUUUGGAGAAGGAAGAAAGAGUUCGUAAGUCAUUAAGCAUAACGGAGUUUCUAAAACCUGCUGAUGGAGGGAGCUAUGUUCGGCCAUAUCUGGGUCGUGGCCGUGGUGGGAGAGGAGGUCGAGGCCGUGGAGGCCGUGACAGCAUCGGAGGUGGGUAUGCAGGGCACAGAGGCCCUGGCAUUCCUUCCCUCCAUUUCGAUGAUCCUGCCCAGUUUCCUGUGUUGGGUGCUGCAGCCAAGGUAUGAUUUCGCUCAGUAGGUAGACCUUUCUGCUCUACUCCCGACGGUUUAUACCUGUUUUGCAUUGCCAUGUUGCUAAUGUUUUGUGUGGUAAAAGACUAUUUUGGUUGGUUAACUUGGCGUUCACAGUACUUUGUAAAGAGUUGUUUUUAAAAGACUUGGGACAUACUAAUUGUUUGGAAUAGAAGUUUGUGCUCUUUUGUUUGAUUU